AUGACAGGAGACGCCUGUCUCCCGAAAGAAGAGUGGCCCUUGUCUUGCUUAGGCCAACGAGCUGCCCAGAGCGCUGCCCGCCUGGCUUCUGAGGAAGAUGUACACCGCCAUCUAGUGGAUAUGGGGGCUCACUGCAGUGUGCUCGUUCUCCCGCCUUUCCUUCUGGCCGGUACAGCGGUCACGGUGAUCCUGUGCUGGGCUGUUGGAGAGCUCGAGCUGCAAGCCACCGAGCGCGAGCUCGAGCGCGGCGCGCUGGCCGGGGAACCCAAGAGCGCACGGCGCCCCAAGCUGGCAGGCGCCGCGGGACCCCCCCCCCACCCUCGCCGGCUGCCCUUCCCCGGGCGCCCCUACCCUCCUCGCCCGCAGGAGACCCUGGGCUUUCCCGGAAGAGCUCACCCCAAGGGGCCAGGACUCCGGCGAGCCCGCCACCGUCCCCUCGAGUGCCGCCGCCACCACGGCAGCCGCGGGAGCAGCAUGGUCCAGCUGGGGAAGCUGCUCCGCGCCCUGACUUUGAUGAAGUUUCCCUGCUGCGUGCUGGAGGUGGUUCUGUGCGCGCUGGCGGCGGCGGCUCGCGGCCAGGAGAUGUACGCCCCGCACUCCAUUCGGAUCGAGGGGGACGUCACCCUCGGGGGGCUGUUUCCGGUGCACGCGAAGGGUCCCAGCGGAGUGCCCUGCGGCGACAUCAAGAGGGAGAACGGGAUCCACAGGCUGGAAGCGAUGCUCUACGCCCUGGACCAGAUCAACAGCGAUCCCAACCUGCUGCCCAACGUGACGCUGGGAGCGCGGAUCCUGGACACUUGUUCCAGGGACACUUAUGCGCUCGAACAGUCGCUCACUUUCGUCCAGGCGCUCAUCCAGAAGGACACCUCCGAAGUGCGCUGCACCAACGGCGAGCCUCCGGUUUUUGUCAAUCCCGAGAAAGUAGUUGGAGUGACUGGGGCUUCGGGGAGUUCGGUCUCCAUCAUGGUAGCCAACAUCCUGAGGCUUUUCCAGGUGGGGAAAAUGUACCAGCGUGUAUGCCUACUGGGACCACGUUUUCCAGAACAGUUAAGCCCAGUGUCAACUAUGCUGUCCCACCUUCCUCCCUUAGUGAGAAGAGAGCAGGCUGAAUGGAAGAAAGUCAUUAUGACCACUGGGGCCACUAAGAUGAAGACACUGAGGAAGAGAAAAGUUAAGAAUUUGCCUAUGAUCAGUUAUCCAUCUGUUCAGCCAGUGCACAAAUUACACUGCCCAACUCCAAGAUCAGAUUUCUAUGUCAACAGAGCCGCCAUCAGGAAACCAGGGAGAUACACCAUGGAUAUGCUGUAAAAAUUCAGUCAACUGUGAAGGUAGAAACUUUAUUAACCCGAGCUUUAAGCAUGGAAAGUAAAACCUGAGCAAAUAAUUCACACUCCUUUGAGCCAUUUUGCCCCAUCUUAUUUUACUUCUGACUAUUGCCUUAUGCCUCUAUUAGUUUCACUUUUACUGGUGGCCACACAUACUUUGCAUAAGGGUUCUCUUACCUGCACUUUCUUUUUCUUUUAAUUGCCUUCACGCUUCCUGUUCGAGUGCCACUUGCCGCGGACCAGCCGGAGAAAGAGGAUUUCACCGCCCAGGGUCAGAAGGGAAGGGGUAAGGAACUGAAGUAGCACCGACGAAUGGGGUCAGAAGGACCAAGACAACUGAUGGUUGCAAGGCAAAUUUUAUUAUGCUACAGUGGCAGAUUAUAUAGACUAGAAAAAGGAAGGUUGCCAGAUGGUGGUUUACAUUAUCUACAGACUGUCUCGGCUCAAGGUUAACUUCCCUGGGAGGAAACCCAUAAACCCAGAAUCAUCAAAAACAACCUGCAUGUGCAGGGGGGAGACAGCUUUGCUUGUCUCAUUUUACAUUCUUUCUGAUCUCUGGGCCCUGGUGAUUUAUCUCCCAUGGAAUGGAACAAGGAGGGGAACAAGUAGGGACAGUC